GCGGGGGCCCCGGGUUCCUGGAGACGCCAGUCUGCAGCAUUCUGCGCUGCGCCGCGGUCUAGAAAUGAAGCUCCGACGAAUCGUGCUCUCCGCCGUGCUCCUCCAAGUUGCCUGCGCGCAAUGGGAGAGGCCGCCCAGCGGAGGCCUGCCCGCGGCGGGUGACCGGCCGUGCGACGGGGGCGCCGUCUGCAAGCCGCUCAAGGACUGCCCGGCGCUGUCCGGGCUGGCGCAGCGCGGCAAGCGCCCCAGCAAGGAGGAGGUCCAGAUGCUGCAGAUGGCGCACUGCGGCUUCAUGAGCAUCCACCCCAAGGUGUGCUGCCCGACGGGCGUGGCGGGCGGCGGCCGGCCGCGGCCCGGCGGCAGCGCCCCCGCCAUGACGACCGCCGCCCUCAACAACCUCCGCCUGCUGCCGCUCAGCCAGUGCGGCCCCGUGCUGGCCGACCGCAUCAUUGGCGGCAUGGAGGCGCACGUCAACGAGCUGCCCUGGAUGGCGCGCCUGGGCUACCGCCGGGACGAGUACUCGGGCCGGCUGGACUACAGCUGUGGCGGCAGCCUCAUCAGCGAGCGCUACGUGCUCACCGCGGCGCACUGCAUCAACGAGAACACCGGCCUCGUCCCCGUGCAGGUGCGGCUCGGCGAGAAGGACGCCAGGACCGAGAUCGACUGCGAGAACCAGAGCGGCGAGCAGGUGUGCGCGCUGCCGCCCGUCGACGUGGACGUGGAGCGCGUCAUCAAGCACAAAGACUACGGCCAGAACCGCUUCCAGAACGACAUCGCUCUCCUGCGCCUCGCCUCGGCCGUCCCUUUCACCGACUCCGUAAAGCCCGUGUGUCUGCCCGUGGAGGGGGACGAGCGACGCAAGGACCUGACCGGCAAGAAGGUGCAGGUGGCCGGCUGGGGUCGGGUCCACAACAGGAAUGGAGCGACUAGCAGCGAGACUCUGAUGAAGGUUGCGGUACCUGUGACCCCCGCCAACGACUGCGUGGUCGCUUACCAGCCGCUGCAGCUCGUCAUCUCCCCCGAGAAGCAGAUGUGCGCCGGCGACAAGGGGAAGGACUCGUGCAACGGCGACUCGGGUGGCCCGCUCACCACGGCCGGCUACAUCGACGGCGUGCCCCGCGUCGUCCAGCACGGCGUCGUCUCGUUCGGCCCGUCGCACUGUGCCACCGAGGGCACCCCUGGCGUGUACACCAGGCUCACGUACUACGUGCCCUGGAUUGUGUCGAACCUGGAGCCCUGAGCGACGCCCUCCCUGGCCCAGGCCCAUGCCGCGGUCCCCAACUCUCGCCCGGCGCCGCGCGGCCCGUGGCACUGACCUGUCCUACCGUCCCACCACCCACACGGCCAAUGUCAAUGUCCUGGCCACACGACCUCCUUGACCUCGGGAAGCGCCGGGCGGAGCGAGUUCGUGACCACUCAUGGCCUCCCAGAAGAUUUUCGCUGCGCCUUUGUGAAGGCCUUGUUUACGAACAGCCUUCCAGCGGAUUGAUAUGUAUGGUGACAAAAUACAAAAGACUUUCGUGUCGCCAACCGCGACCUCCAAAAGGCGCUGUAAAGAAGACUGAUUACUUAUGGUAGAUCUGAUACUUUGUUAAUGACAAUAAAACACAAAACUGCCUUAUGCUCACCAAAAACAAA